UUUUGCUCGGGAAAGACGGAAAUCAAUCCCUAACGCUUUCCUUUCAGUUUUAAAUUCUUGAGGAAGCCCUUUAAUUUCCCCUCCGUCACACAUAAGAGUAGCUUGGAAAUGGGGUUUCUUAGCCUGGCAAGCCAAAUUAAACUUCCAUGAUCUGAGGCAGUAUAUCCUUCACUACCUGUUGCUGGUAGACGAGGACGUGAGAAAUUCUUGGCUUCCUGGAGGCGAUUAAAUCACACUGUUGGAAUUAGAGUGGCGUCUGCUUUGGUUACGAAAGGCUGCGCUGAGUUUAGGACUUGUUGACAAGGUCCUGGUGCUUUGCUUUGAAGAAUAUUACGAACUGGAACGAGUCCUUGACCUGAGAACUAAACAAUAUAAUCGCUGAUAUUUAAACAAAGCUAUGGUGAUAACAAGGGAUGGUGCUGAUUAUGCAUUGUUUGCUGACAGUCCCAUUUUUUCUACUGGAACUUGUGCCAUUGUUGUAGGCCAUGGCAGCUCGACGUCCUAAUGGGCCAACUCUAGGCAAUAAGAUCUGUCAGUUCAAAUUGGUGCUCCUGGGAGAGUCAGCUGUUGGGAAAUCAAGCCUUGUCUUGCGCUUUGUAAAAGGACAGUUUCACGAGUAUCAGGAGAGCACAAUUGGAGCUGCUUUCCUCACCCAGACCAUUUGCUUAGAUGAUACCACAGUCAAGUUUGAAAUCUGGGAUACAGCUGGACAGGAGCGCUACCACAGCCUGGCCCCCAUGUAUUAUCGAGGGGCACAAGCUGCCAUAGUUGUUUAUGACAUCACUAAUAUGGACACCUUUGUGCGUGCCAAGAAUUGGGUGAAGGAACUGCAAAGGCAAGCUAGUGCUAGCAUUGUCAUUGCCCUGGCAGGGAACAAGGCUGACCUGACCAGCAAACGAGCUGUUGACUUCCAGGAAGCCCAGAUCUAUGCAGAUGACAACAGCUUGCUGUUUAUGGAAACAUCAGCGAAGACAGCAAUGAAUGUGAAUGAGGCUUUUGUGGCAAUAGCAAAGAAACUUCCCAGAAAUGAACCACAGAAUACAACAGGAACAGCAGGCAAGAAUCUAAACAUCAGCCUUCAGGAGAGUACCCAAUCUAGCAAGGGGCAAUGUUGCAGCCACUAAGGAUUCUUGUCUGGCAGCUCCAGUUGGAAUGUGUCUGAAUCAAUUGCACUUACAAGACCAGCUGCCAGGAUCUUUCUCCCCCCCCCCCCCAUUUUUUUCCCCUCAUAGAGUGGGGGAGGGGAACACAGCAGAGGCCAUUUCUCUUCUGAACAAACAAUAGAUUUGUUUUUUUUAAAGAAGUCUUUUUAAUACAGAUGAACAAUGGCACUCUUCUACAUCUUUGUAGGUGGACAAUGUGUGCUUUCAAAACCUUGGUCCCUCUUCCAUUCUGGCUUUUAUCUUCAGGAUUUAUACUCUUGCAUUUGCUCAGAGCUCCCUGGAAGAAGGACAUCCGUUUCCAAGACAAAAUAUGUCUUCCAUAACAUCUGCUGGGUGAUUUCAAGCUCCUUGGUUAUUCCACGCUCCUUCAGCUGAUAGUGUUCUGCCCUAAGAAAAGUAGAAGCUGUAGCCAGGGGAGGUUACAUAAAAUAGGAAUGAGUUGCAGAAUUAUUAUGCACAACAUUUUUUAUUUAAAGUUUGGUUCAGAAAUGACAUACAAGCCGGUAAAAGACUAUGUUACGGAAACCUACAGGCAACCGUGAAUUGAAGCUGUAGUAUUAAUGAUAGAUUGAGAGAAACCCAUAGCCUUUAAGCUUUGUCUUAACCAAAUUUGUAAUUAUGAAUGUUUUUGAAGAACAAUAGAAACUUGAUUUUCCUCUUUUGUAUUCUAGUUUCUAGCAUUUAACAAAUCAGUAUCUUUUUAAUAACAUACCAAUUAGUCCUUUAUCAUUCCUAGGUUGCAUUGGGCUUUUGGUAUGCCAAAUCUACAUUAACCUAUUAUUUACAUGUUAGAUGUAAUGCAUUAAUUCAGCCUGUUAAAUAUAUAAAAUGACCAUUUUUAUGAGUAAUAUUAUGCUAUUGUAACCCUAUCAGGAUAUUGGAUGUAUCAGCAAAACAGGUUGGUAGACUGUAUUCAAACUGGGGAGGGGAGCAAUGAUAAAUAUUUUCAUAUAUACAACAUUACCAAUAUUGGUAAUGCAAAAGGGGUUUUGUUUCUGAGCUAGUGUCCAAGGCAAUUUUUGUCUUAUGCAUAUUUGUAUUUAAAACUCUACAUCAAUCUCUUCAAUACAAAGCUUCAGUUGUGUAUGAGCUAAAAAUAAAUUUUUAUAAAUCAAGUGUU